UGUCGUGGUUGAGAACGCCGGUCCCAGCAAGGACGCCGUCAAGGCCAAGGGGCGUCGGCGUCGUCCCGCCCCCAAGGGACACGCCCAGCAGAAGCCCCGCCUCCACUGGCAGAAAAACCUGGUGGAUUACGUCCAGGAGGAGGCCCGGGAGGACAACGACACGCCCACCCAUGUCCGCGUGUGGGACGACCUGAUGGGCGGGGCCGAGGCGUCUAGCACCGCCUCCCCGGUGCGACACUACGUCAACUCCAGCAACGUCACGCCCACACGCCGGCACAAGAUCCUGGGCGACACCAGCGACGACGAACGAAUUUUGCUCAAUGUGGGCGGGGUCCGGCACGAGACCCACGUGACCACCCUCAAAAACGUCCCCAAUUCCCGCCUUUCCCGUCUGGCGGCGCUGCACACGUCCAGCGGGAAGGGCAAGCAGGAAUAUUUUUUUGACCGGCAUCCGGCUGUUUUUAAUUCCAUCAUAGAUUUCUACAGGACAGGUGAGCUGCACGUACCGCUGGAGGUGUGCGGGGCUGUGGUCAAGCGUGAGUUAGAUUUCUGGCAAAUCGAGGAGCUGCAGAUCAAAGCCUGCUGCUGGCGCCACUACAGAUCGUACAUCGAGAACCAAAGAAUCCUCAACUCCUUCAACAAAAGUCUGGAGCACGAGCAGAUGAAGGUGGACCUCAGCAACCUCAAGGGCUGGAGACACGUGCAGAUGAAGCUCUGGCUCAUCAUGGACCACCCCAGGACAUCUAGGCUAGCCAUGCUGUACGGCAUCACAUCCUUCCUGUUUGUCGCGACCUCCAUCGCCGGCUUUUGUCUAGAGACGCUCCCCGACCUCAGGCCCACCCAGACCAACAUCACCAACGCCACCUGCAGCUACGGCAACGACAACAAAACGGUCCACGUGGCGCUCAAAUCCAACGACGCCCUCAACGUCCUGGACUUCAUCUGCACCAUCUUCUUCUCCCUCGAGCUCGUACUCCGCUUCGUCGUCUCGCCCGGCAAGUUCAAGUUCAUCCGGAACAUCAUGAACAUCAUCGACCUGCUCGCGCUGGUGCCGCUCUACGUGCAGGUCAUCUUCGAGCACUCGGAGCUUCACGAGUCUUGCUACCUCAACGAGCGCUUUGUCUUCGAGAUUAUGUUCACGCUGAGGAUCUUCCGAAUGUUCCGCAUCUUCCACCUCGUCAAGCACUACCAGGCGCUCAAAGUGCUGGUGUACGCGCUGCGGGCGAGUCUUCAGGAACUCAUGAUGCUGUUUAUAUUUCUUCUGCUGGCAACGCUCAUCUUCGCCACGAUGAUCUACUACGCCGAGCGCGAUGCCAUCAACGGCGGGGGGACUAAAUUCACGACCAUUCCUAUCGGGUUCUGGUGGGCCAUCAUCACCAUGACAACGGUGGGCUACGGCGACAUCACGCCGUCGUCGCCGAUCGGGUACAUCGUGGGCACCGCCUGCGCCGUGUGCGGUGUGCUGCUGGUGGCGCUGACCUUCCCCGUCAUCUCCAACAACUUCACGCUCUUCUACGAGCACGUCAGGUCAAGGUCGCUGUCGCCGAGGGUCAAGACAUUCCAGGAGGACGCCGAGAGCGAGGACGAGGAGGAGACGGACACGUUCUCCCCGCCCCAGCACCCCGACUACGGGGCGGUGCUGCUCAAGAUGCAGACCCUGACCUCGGCCAACACCAACGGGGCCACCAACGGAUCCACCAACGGGGCCGCCGCCGCCAUCGCAUCCAGCGCGGGCGAGGACAGCAAACAGGGUAACGGCAUGGUCAAGACGCGGUACGUGCCCCUGGCCAAGUUCUGCGACACGUCAUCCAUGAUGGACAUCAUCCUGCAGGAGCCCACGGAGGAACUCUACGGGCCCAACUUCACACCCCCCACACGUAAACAUUGAGGUCAUCGUACUCUACGGGCCCAACUUCACACCCCCCACACGUAAACAUUGAGGUCAUCGUACUCUACGGGCCCAACUUCACA